CACUGUCCCCAGAUAGUUCUUGAAACACUUGUGAGAAUGGGAUUACCUGAAAUGGAUUCGUCGGAAUGGAGCGCCUCAUUCUGGGUUUGACUUCAGUCCAUGUGGCACGCUCUGCCGUUCUGGGCUUAACUCGUUAACCGUCACCGUCAGCCACAUAAACUCACGUUUUCUCAGAGCCGCACGUGGGAAAGAUGUAAGAAGCGUUUGUUUUAUUAAGUGCUUGGAAGAUUGGACGGCGUUUCUGUUUCCUUCCCAAGUUUUAGUUGCCACUAGUUACAAUAUACGAUUAAAAUAGCUGCUGAGGAAGGGAUCUGCCUGUAAUAUAAGCGGUACGCAGCACGAGGAUUGCUGCAGUCGGUGCCAAGGGCUGAUUUAUAUUUUACUUGCAGCCUAAGGUGACAGCGGUUUGUGGUCUUUCGUUGUUUGUAGAGGCGCUUCGCUGUUUGCAGAUCUUUUCCUGUUUAUUGUUAAGGGAUAAUUCCCUGCACUCUGUAGCGAAAUGGGCGGAGGCAUGAGCAAGAUUUUGGAUGGUCUGUUCCUUGGGAAUAUUAGAGAUUCUGAAGACAAGGAGACAUUGGCUAAAAAUGGGAUCACUCAUAUUUUGUCAGUGUACAACAGCGCCAAACCUGUGCUGGAGGAUAUGACCUAUCUGUGUAUACAGGCAUCAGAUUCUUCAAACCAAAACCUCAUACAGCAUUUCAAAGAGUGUAUUACGUUUAUCCAUGAGUGCCGGUUGCAUGGAGGAGGUUGUCUUGUCCAUUGCCUGGCUGGAGUUUCACGUAGUACCACAGUCCUUGUUGCUUACCUCAUGACAGUGUCAAAAUUUGGGUGGGAAGACUGUAUUGCUGCCGUGAAGGCUAUUCGAUCCUAUGUUGGUCCUAAUUUUGGAUUCCAGCAACAGCUACAGGAAUUUGAAGUGAAGCACGUCAAAGAGUACCGAGAUUGGCUGCAGAGUCAAUAUGGUAGGAACCCAUUCAAUGACCAGGAAGAACUGCAGAAGCUUUUUUCAAAGUAUGAGGAGCAGAAAGAGCAUCAGGAGGCUCGAUCCAGGGAGAAUCGUUGGAUAAACCCAACAUCUACUGUGUACCCACUGCCAUACAAUGCCUAUGGGGGCCACAACAACAGCUGGUCCAACAGAUGAGAUAGGUGCAUGGAAGCCACCACCAACAAGCAUUUCUUUCCAGAGCUACAUUGGUUUAUAUGAACUAUGACCUGAAUGCAUGUUUUUUUACUGAAUCAUUUGUUGCUGGGUUUUAUUAAGAAAAAAUGGUAACUACAGUGAUAACCAGUGUAAAAUUAGGAAAUCAUGAAAGAGAAUGCAACUUGCUGUUAAGGUGUCCUUCGUAAUUUUUAGUUGUAAAACUUAGAAGGGCUAGGUUAUUUGAAGGAGUCAACAAGAAUAUUGUUCACAACAGCUCUCUAAAGAUUGUGAGUUAGAUCAUAGGGCUUAAAAAAUGUAAUGUUAAAUUAGUGCUGCUUUAAUUUGUGAUAAAUACAGGUCUGGAAAUUAAAUGUCCAAGAUGAAUAAUUGUUGCCGAGUGGCAGUGACAUCACAUGUGACAACUACAGACGUGUUCUUAUUCUAUGCAAAUCAUUUAAAGGUGCUAUCAAGUGCCCAGUCUGAUUUUAUUGCCCUCUCUGGUUUCAUCAGUUGAAUUAUAGUAACCUGGUAGAGUAAGAAGGCCCUGAAUGAUAUUACGUUUUGCUAAUUUAUAGUUUACAUUUAUUUUGCACAUUUAUGUUUAAAAGAAUGUUAUAAUCUCACAGUAUAAUGUGCAUAAGUAAUUUAUUUCAAAAUUUUUCUUGGUACGUUCGACCUUGUGAUUGCAUUGCUCAUUGCCAGUCUUAAUGCAUAAAACCAGACACAUGUUUCAGUUUUGAGCAAUGCCCUAAAGAAACACAGCAGAAUAAGAGACUUUGGGGAAAGUACAGUUUAUCUAAAUAUUUGUACUGAUCCUCCCUUUCCUGAGUGCUUACUGGAGUAACCUCCCAUUUUGGCUACUGUGGCAGGAGCUUCUGUAUACCAGUUCUAGAACAGCUGGCCUUCAAUCUCCAAAUUCCAUAGCAGUUCUUAUGGGUUAUGCAGUGAUGCUACAGGUGAUGGCUUUUCUAAUUUAUGAUCACUUUACAGAUAUAUUAUGUUUUGAGUAUGUUACAAAAUAUGUUUAAAUUUCCUGUUCAGUUAUUUUAACUCUGUUUGGAGUUAGUGUGCUGCUAAAACUGAAUGUCAUUGUUAAAGAAUUUAACCAUUUUUAUGUUCUUUUGCAACCUAGAAGCCAAAGAAAUGCUAUAUCGGAUCACUUGCUGUAUAUGUAUAAGCAUCAAGUCCAAAGGUACCAUUGUCUGAAAUGGCUGUAUGUUAUGCCUUGAGUUUAAUGGGAGAUGCAUCAUGAUAUUCAGAGAUAAAUAUGAUGCAACUGUUGAUUUAGCAGUAUAUUGUUAAAACAGCAGCAUUUGGAUAGCUAUUUAAAAGUUUGUCUAAGUUAUAAAGUUUCCUUCAUCAUCUGA